AUGCUGAAGAGUUCGCUGGGUCAGCGGCACGAUGCACGACAGCCCAGAAGCCCUUGGGCGACAUUGAUGACGUUCACCUUCUUGGUCCCAACUUUGUGGACAGCAGUUUCGGCGGAAAAUUCAACAGUCCUGAAUGUACAGGUCCGUCCACAGAUCGCCAACGGAGUGGAAUUGCGAGUUCUACCCAUUGGAGACUCCAUCACCUUUGGUGCCCAGAGCACACACGGAAAUGGCUACCGGGGCGAGCUCCAUGACCUUUUAGUGCAACGAGGAAAUAAAGUCAACUUUGUGGGUGGUCUGGCAACUGGAAGCAUGGCCGACAAUAGUCAUGAAGGACACCGAGCCUUUGUCAUUGACCAGAUAUCGAAUUCGAGCACAGUCGGUCUCCACGCAGCAGCCAAUAUUGUCCUGUUGCAUGCAGGAACUAAUGAUAUGAAAAACGAAGUGGAUCCUCCCAACGGCCCUACGCGACUCAAAAGCCUUAUCGACAUCAUCUUCGAAAACAGCCCAGAGGCUGUUGUGUUUGUGUGUCAAAUUAUUCCGGCGGGACCUAACAAGUACCGUGACGCACUCCCUCGGAUCGACACUUUCAAUGCUGCCAUUCCCAACUUGAUCUCUGAAUAUGUUUCGUCUGGGAAAAAGGUAUUCAUGGUAUCCAUGAAUAAAGCUGUUUCGACAAAAGACUUGGCGGACAACCUUCACCCGAAUGAUAUCGGCUACACCAAGAUGGCGAACGAGUAUUACGCUGCCAUAGAGGAAGCAGAUGCCAGAGAUUGGAUCUCUGCACCGGGUCAAUGGGAAAGUGAUCGCAGCGCGACUGAACUUGCGCAGGAUCUCAAUUCGGCCGGGAUGAAGUCUUUAGCCUUCACUCAGUUUGGGUUGACCUGGGUCACUAUUUUUCUUAUCUCUAUCUAA